CCUGCACAAGCCUCAAUGGAACCUGCUCAGAACCUUGAUAGACUGAAAAAGAAGUCUCAAUCAGUGGACAUUGCCAGCCAAGGCUUCUCCCCAACUCUGGUGCCAGCCUCGCCCCUCAACAGAGCUGCAUCACCUGUUGCCAAGACAACCACCGUCCUCGCGGUGCAGGAAAAUAACACCACUAAUUCCCAGCGCCGCAGCCCACGGUGUGGCGAACUGAAGAGAGGCUAUACCAUUGAUACCGGCCAGAAGAAGACCCCUGAGAAGAAGGAUGGGAGGCGCAUGUCGUUCCAGAGACCCAAAGGCACCGUCGAAUAUUCUGUGGAAUCUCGGGACACAUUGAACAGCAUUGCACUCAAGUUUGACACCACACCCAACGAGCUGGUUCAGCUGAACAAGCUGUUCUCCCGGGCAGUUGUGCCUGGCCAGGUAUUGUAUGUUCCUGAUCCUGAGUACGUCUCCAGUGUUGGAAGCUCCCCUUCCCUCAGUCCCAUCAGCCCUCUGUCCCCCACCUCCUCAGAAGCUGAUUUAGAGAAGGUGACGAUGGAUUCAGAUGGGCCCUCCAGACCAGAGGCUGUUCUCCCCCCAGUGUUUUCCGCUCUACGUCAAUCCAGAGUGGUGUCAUCCACCUCCGAGGAGGAAGAGGCCCUUACAGAAAAGUUCCUUAAGAUCAACUGCAAGUACAUAACUGAUGGAAAGGGUUCAGUAAGUGGGGUAUUGCUCGUGACACCCAACAACAUCAUGUUUGAUCCACACCGGAUGGACCCUCUGGUUCAGGCCCAUGGGUGUGAGGAGUAUGGCAUCAUGUGUCCUCUGGAAGAGGUCCAAUCUGCUGCCAUCUUUAAAGAGAUCACUGACCCCAAGAUCAGAGAGACUGUGCCUGAUGACUUGGAGCCUCUGCCAUCUGAACGACAUCCUUCCCAGCAGAAGGACCCAGAACAGCAACAGAAGGAGCCAGGAGCCGGUGACAGUGGCAGCACUGCCCCACGCAGCACAGAGGGUUCAAUUUCAGAAGAUGUCUUCACGGAGUCUGAGCUGUCCCCCAUCAGGGAGGAAGAGCAAGCGUCCAGCGAGGAUCUCUGUCUGGACAAGUCUUCUUGCGCCUCUGUAGAGUCUGUGCAGACCGUGACCCAGGAAGAGCCCACUAGCUCGCAAGGCCCGGCCAGUACCCGCAGCUCAGUCAGCCAUCCCGAAGAGCCUCCAGCCACAGUAGUGGACAAUCCUCCAGACACUGCCACAGAAAAGAAUAUUCAGUCCCCAUUGGGAUCCAAGCAGCACAGUGAAGAGAAACCACCAAGCACACCCGCUACCAGCACCACUAGCCAGGCUCCCCUUCGCCCCAACAGCAGCAGCAGCACCUCUUUUCCAGGGUCCCAAACAUCAGCCACCACACUUGCCACAGACACCCUUUCUGUCACAGCCAGUCUACUUGGGGAUGCCAACGAGGGGACUGAAGUCUCCAAAACUGACUCUAUGCAACAAGGGACAUUGGAGAAGGAUAAUGUAGAACAAGGGCAAAAGGGAAACACACAGAACACCCAGGGAUCUGCACAGAGGAGGAAGAGCCACUCACACAAGUUCCUAUGUCUGCGGGUGGGGAAGCCAAUGAAAAAGACGUUUGUUUCCAAUGCCAGCGCAUCCAUGCAGCAGUAUGCCCAACAGGGCAAGAAGCACGAGUACUGGUUUGCCGUGCCGCAGGAGAGGUCAGACCACCUUUAUGUGUUCUUCAUGCAGUGGAGCCCAGAUAUGUAUGGUGAGGGUGUCCGAGGGAUGGGACAAGAACCCGGAUUUAUGGUUGUCAAGAAGCACGAGGUGUCAGAAAGUGCUGCGGACGAGCCCAUCACUGACCUCAACGUCAAAGAAUGGGAGGUAGUGUCUAUGACGGAGUACCACCGUCGCAUCGACGCUCUAAACAGCGAAGAUCUGCGCUCACUCUGCAAAAGACUUCAGAUCACUACCAAAGAGGAGGUGAACUCCAAGCAUGACACGUCCAUCAAAACUGAACUGGAGCCCGAAACGUUCAAACCAAACCUCAGAGAGCCAAGCGAUCUCCUGGAGGCUGAUCAAAUUGAGAAGCUUGCAAGGAAUUUGCCACCACGCACCAUCGGUUACCCGUGGACGCUUGCCUUUGGCACAUCCAAACAUGGCAUGAGCAUCAAGACGCUGUACAGAACCAUGCAGGGCCAGGACACCCCGGUGCUCAUGGUCAUUAAGGAUAGUGACGGACAGGUUUUUGGUGCCCUCGCGUCGGAGCCCUUCAAAGUCAGCGAUGGCUUUUAUGGCACAGGAGAGACCUUCCUCUUCACCUUCAAUCCAGAGUUUGAGGUGUACAAAUGGACGGGUGACAACAUGUUCUUCAUCAAGGGAGAUAUGGACUCCUUAGCUUUUGGUGGUGGAAGUGGCGAGUUUGGCCUCUGGCUGGAUGGAGACCUUUACCACGGCAGGAGUCACUCAUGCAAAACAUUUGGGAACCCCAUGCUGUCUAAAAAGGAAGAUUUCUAUGUGCAGGACAUAGAGAUCUGGGCUUUUGAGUAACAACAUGGGGUGCACCACUGGGGAAACAGACAAGUCCUGAAUUAAGGCAGAGUGAGGAGCGGUCCUCCCUAGAACAAUGGCAACGUCCCAACCUUAACUGCACAUUACAGGGGGCUCCCCCGGCCGGAAGCCCGCUAUCGGACGCUUGUUGUGCAUUACUUCUGCAGUUACUCUGGAGCUUUUUAUUUUCACCCUUUGUGAAAAACUACCUUUGUGUGUAUCUUAUUAUGGCCUCGUGCAGCAUCUUUGCAGCGUAGGUGGGGAGAGUGGAAAGUCAAUGUAAAAGGGAUCACAAAGGGGACUGCGCCGUGCCAUCCUAUUGGUCCAGACAGGUGACCCCAGCAGCCACUCAGCUUGGAGAGUGAACGAGGAAGCAGAGAAAAACACAUUCCUAUCCACGCGGUGAUAACAAAGCAAGUGAUAACAGAAGGAAAAACGGGGUGUACUCUAUUGUGAAGUUGCAGAUGAGGGAUUUGGCUCGUUGAGCUUGUUACAUUUAGUUUUCCUCCCACAGUCCAAUUCCAGGUGGUCCUCUUGAGGCUAAACUUCUAGCGUAUCUUGUGCGUGAUAGUCCUCCUGUCGUUCACUGUCCUAGCACACCAUCUGAAAGCACAUAGCUAUAACCAGAUCAGCCAUCGUCGUAAUGUUCUGUUCAGUGGGUGUACGUGUGAGUCCAGCUAACACCGGCUGUACUGUUAGUAGACAGUAAACGUGUUGCAAUAGAUUUUGUGGAAUAUGCAAAUAACUGUCCUGUGACCUCAACUAGCCCCCGCCGGGGGCCCGCGGCACUUUGGCUGCCAUCCGUGGAGCUUUCAAGAGAGGAACGUGGAAAGCUCUUACGUCUUGAUACACAAUUGCUGUUCCGGCAUCCAGUUGAAAAGCCUGAGACGUGCUAAGCCGUUUUACAUGCAUAUAUGACAAUUAUAUAUUGGUAUGUAUGAUUAUAUAGGGCUGUAUAUAAUCAUAUAUAUAUAUUGCUGUUAAGUGUGACAGUGAUCUAUUUGUGCUGACAUUUCAGCUGUUACAAUAUAAUGUAUAUUACCCUGUAAAUGAUGCUAUAUACAGUAAAUAUAUAUGACCAAGUGUGGAUUGGUGGGUUUGCUUCUAGCACUUUAAUCUGGUGUAAAAGCGUCAAGGAGAGGCUUUUAGAUUCUAUUAGCAGUAGCUGUACAGUACUUUUUUCGUUUCGAUCCAUAUGAUGUUCACUGUUAGUAGAAAGCUUGCUGCUACCAAUAUCAAGAUUAUGCCCUAACACUCUGUGUCUAAACGGAGGGCCACGCUGAGGUCGGAAGUGGGGUGGAAUGUGGUUCAUAGCAGUAGGGGGAUUCUCUGCUCCUGGGCUGCCAGGUGAUUCUCCGACGGGUAGGUAGAGAUGCUAGCAGACUGACUGAGAUGCUGCCUAACCCUUACCCAAGGGCCCUUCACCCCACAGCCACCCUUCUCUGGUCUUUCGCACCAGUAUUUGUGUCCUUGUGGAGAGCCACAGAGAAUAAUAUGGAUAAAUCUUCCAAUUAUUUCACCUGAAUACCAUGUAUCAGUGAUGUAUAAAUUAAUAAAGAUGAAUUAAUGGUUAUAACCAGGGA